UGUCCAAAUGGCAAUGGAAACUCGAUUUUCUUGUCAGACUGUUGAGUAGGAAUUGAACAGUUUAGUUGAGCUGGAAGAUCUAUUUGUACCCAAUAUAGAUAUAGUUACGCAUAUAUCUUCAUAAAGUUAUUUUUGAUAUACAGUAUCACGUAACAGUUAAACUGACGAGUGUGUGGAUUUACUCUAUCGUGGUUAUCAUUCGCAUUUUAUAUUUUCUCUGUAUCAGACGGAGAUGAAAAGAGUACCGAGUUUAAUUUUUGUGACUAACAAGUUUUAUAUUUUGGUCAUAAACCUUCUAUGAGUCAGGUAAAUCAAAACAAAUGUUUGUGCAUUCUUUAAAAUCGAGAGCGUACAACUGAAUACAAUACCUCCUUGGAUUUACCUGUUGAAACGACAAACAUAAAAAGAACGUUUCAGUGACUGUUAUCGUCACGUGCACUAAGUAAAAGUCAUACCUUCGUGACCUUAAGUUACAACACUUUCGUAAGGAGUUACACCCCGGGAGUUACAUGAGGAAUAGUGAAAAAUAUUCGGAUUUUAUAAAGAUUUACAGUAAACGCGAGUGAAGUUACACAGCCUUGCCUCAUGUUAAAGGCCAAUGAGAUGUGAUUACAGCACAAACAGAGAUAAAGCACUAUAAGUAUGACAAGUGAACUACAACUUCACUGAAGAACGAAAGUGAACAACACAACAAAACAUUGGAUAGAGCCAUAGGCACUGAAAUAUCAUGCGGCUGUUAGUUCUGCUUAUAUUGGUGCUUGUGUGUAGUGGAAUUCAUGCGAGGAGGAGGAAAGAUCGCCAUGGCAACCAUGCGCGACGAGGCAAAUCACCGUGGAAACAUUCAUGGAUAGAUGACUCUUUGCGCGAUUUCUCACCUAGUAUCACUGUGAGAACAUCGCACCCAUUGGAUGUCAUUGGACGUGGGGGAGAGUCACUCGAAGAUUUCCUAAAUAGGCUGAUAGUUGGUAUCCGUGUCAACCAUGGACAAUGGUAUGAGGGACCAAAUGUCUGUAGCAGUGAGAAAGAAGAGAACUCCACAGCAUCAGAAAAAGGAAAGGAAAUCAUUUUCCACAGCAUCGUUAAGAUUAGCACCUGUGAUGAGGUGGCUGAUACAUAUAGGUGUAUCACAAAAACCCAAGUAGGGGAUGACAUCACGACGCACACCAAGGUGUUCGAGUGCUGCGACGGCUUUGAAAGAGAUGACGUCACAGGACGAUGCUCUACAAGAAGGGCAACCAAAGAUAUCAUGGCAGUUCUGCACGACGCUGGUGCCAUAGAAACAGCAAGUGCUUUAAGGAGCCUCGAUCUGAAUAAACUGCUGACCAGGGGAAAAUUCACAAUUUUCGCGCCAAAAGAUGAAUCGUUCAAAUCCUACAAGCCAAAAACUGGGAUACACGCUGAUAGAAACAUGGUGAUGGUUACGAAGGAUGACAACGAAGUGAUAAACAAGCUUGAGCAACUCAUAUCGAACCACAUCGUGACUGGUGUCUACAAGACAGGCGAUCUACUAGAUGAACAAAUUCUCAACACAACUAAUCCACUUUCUACUCUGCGCAUCAACAUAUACCACAGACCCAAGAAGUUAAUCACGGCAAACUGCGUUCCAAUAUCAGGCGCCAACAAGCGUGCCACGAAUGGUGUGGUUCACGUUGUAGACAAAGUCUUGGAACCAGUCUCCCUUACACUACUCGAGAUAAUUAGCAAGAAUCCCCAGUUCACUAUCCUGAAAACUGUCCUUAGCAAGACGGGUAUAUCAAGAGAUCUAAGGGGAGCGGGCCAAUACACGCUAUUUGCACCAACAGAUGCUGCCUUCAGGAAGCUCAACCGAAAGUUCCAAGACAAACUUCUAUCUGGGUCUCCUUGUGCUACAGACAUCGUUAAAAGUCAUCUCCUUCCCUUUGUGAUCUGUAGCAGCGUUAUAGUUAGCAAAAGUGUGUCACGUGAUAUCUUGGGUCAGAGGGUCAACCUUACGAGGGAUGACGACAACAAACUCUUCUUCAAUGAUGCACAGAUCACGAGACCAGAUGUCAUGGGAACCAAUGGUGUUCUACAUGUCAUCGAUGAGGUUUAUCUACCAGAACAAGCCAUGGAUGUGCUAGAUGUGGCUGAUGAGUUGGAGGCCAGCAAGUUCACAGAGUUAGUUGAGAAAGCUGGUCUGACUAAGAUGCUGCAAGAUCUCACCAACUUUACACUCUUCUUGCCUACCAAUGAAGCAUUCAAGAAGCUUCCAGAGGGCACAUUGGAAGACCUCAAGGAGGAUCCAGAGUCAUUGGCUGAGCUGCUCAAGUAUCACCUCACCAAACCAGAUAUUUCAUGUAGAGAUGAACUCACCAAAUAUUCUUCACUUACAUCAUUAGACCAAGACAACAAUAAGAUACAUAUCAAUUCUUAUAAACACUCAAAUUUCUUCUUGGACAACAAGUUUACAUACACUGCCCAGUGUGUGCCUCUCAGCCAGAAAGGACAUAGCACGUGUGGGGGAGAUGUCCAUGUGGUGGAAAAGGUAUUGAUGCCUCCAAGGGGAGAUCUGUUGGACAUUCUGUCAAUGGACAAAGACUUUGGUACAUUUGUUAAAAUGGCCAAAAUAAGUGGUGUUGCAGAAAUGCUGCAAGGAGAGAGCGAAUACACAAUUUUUGCACCAACCAAUGAGGUAU